AUGAUCGAUGGGUUUCUUGGUUCUUCCAUGUACAGUGUAAAAUUUCAAAAGAUUUAUGAUCCUAAAAGACGAAUUAUGGCUUUCUUGGGUAACUUUAUACAUCAGAUUGCACAAAGAAAGUCUGAUGUAUUAUCAGAUUUAGGAAUGAGACAAAUGAAAGUAGAUCUCCUGGGAUCUUUAUCCUCUCAAGUGGAGUGUACUAUUCAAUGUACCUCACUUGAGCAUCCCAUUGCACCUAUAGAGUUCAUCUUCUCACCACCAUCGGAUGCUCAAGCGGAAGCACAGAACUUGAUGGCUACCACUACUAAUGAGUUCGAUUCUUCAAGCAGUAGUGGUAUUAAUGCUGGUGACCAAGCCCCAAUAAGGGCUGCAAAAAAAACAUCGAAAUAUCGUGGUGUAACAAGGCACAGAUACACAGGAAGGUAUGAAGCCCAUAUCUGGGACAACUCUCGUUCAAGGGAUGGUCCUUCAAAGAUAGGUCGCCAAGUCUAUUUAGGAGGGUAUGACAGCGAAGAUAAGGCUGCUAAAGCAUAUGAUUUAGCGGCUCUUAAGUAUUGGGGAACUUCAACAGAACUAAAUUUUCCUUUGAGUAAUUAUGUGAAGGAACUAGAGGAAAUGAGGCCCCUGUCAAGACAAGAUUUUGUUGCAUCUCUUAGAAGGAAGAGCAGUGGCUUUUCUAGGGGUGCAUCAAUGUAUCGAGGGGUAUCAAGGAAUAAAUAUGGAACAUGGCAUGCCCGGAUCGGAAGGGUAGAAGGAAACAAGAAUAGUACAUACUUGGGAACUUUCGGUACAGAACUAGAAGCAGCAGAAGCAUACGAUAUUGCUACUAUAAAGUACAAAGGAGUGAAUGCUGUGACAAAUUUCGACAUAAACAAAUACAAUAUUAAAACCAUUCUCCAGUGCAAAGAACUUCCCAUUAGAGAGGGAGCAUCAAAGCGUUUAAAGGAGUCUCAAGUGAUCGAGGCAGCCAAGCGUAUUAGAGAUGAAACUAAUGCUCACAGCUCCAUUUUUCAUUCUAAGUACACACAAGGCUCCCAAAUUCAUCAAAAUUCCAUUAAUGCCCCAAACCAGUUGCCUCUUCCUACUACCCCUCAAAACAAGGGACAAUCAUCUCUAUCUAUUAUGGAGAACAAUGGGAGCUCUAGUAGUAACAACAAUGGAGUUAACCUUGAUUUUGGGUUAUGGUUGCCGGGAACGGGUCCUAGUUGA